CUCACCCGAGUCUCAGCUUUGCAAGUUCGGCGCCCAGGCUCGGAACCGAGCCUCCGGUAAGAUUCCAAAGCUGCGCCCCUCGAAAACUCCACUGAAUGAGAGACGAAGCAAGGGGCAAAAGAGAGAGAAAGAAAACACAGCGCAUUUCUGGAGAGAGAAAAGAAGGAACCGAUUCUAGAGAGAGAAAAAGCGGUGGAUUUCUAGGGAGAGAGCGGAGGGCGCGAGCGCGAUGGUUCAGAUCGCGAGGAGGAAGAAGGGACGGCCGUCGAAGGCGGAUCUGGCGCGCCGCUCCGGCGAGUCUCCGGCCGCCGCGUCGCAGUCCGAUCCCCGGCGGAGCCUCCGGCGUCGGAGCGUGAGGUACAACAUCAUCGACUACGACGGCGAUUACCUCGACGACGACGAGGAGGACGAGAGGAGGCGCAAGAAGAAGAAGCUCAAGCUCAUGGCGAAGCUGAACCAGGACGGUGAAGAAGAAGAAGAAGAAGAGCGAGAAGAAGAAGAAGAAAUCGAGCCGACGUCGCCGAGCCGCACUCGCGCCGAGCCAGUGGAAGAAUACGGUGACGACGAAAAGGAAGAGAACGAAAACGAACAAGAGGAAGAGAACGAAGAAGACGAAGACGCUGUGGUAAAGGGCAGAAAAGUGGAAUCGAAAGGGCUCCACUCUGUUUCUGUUUCAGCUCCGGUGAUUCUUCAAUCUGGGACUCCGUUGCCUGAUAGGAGGACUCUGGAAUUGAUCCUUGACAAGCUUCAGAAGAAGGAUACUUAUGGUGUGUUUGCAGACCCCGUUGACCCGGAAGAGCUUCCUGAUUAUCAUGAUGUGAUCGAGCAUCCCAUGGACUUUGCCACUGUGAGGAAGAAGUUGGGAAAUGGAUCUUAUACUACCUUAGAACAAUUUGAGAUUGAUGUCUUUUUAAUUUGCUCAAAUGCAAUGCAAUACAAUGCACCAGAGACUAUAUACCACAAACAGGCACGAUCAAUACAAGAACUUGGACAGAAGAAGUUUGAGAAGUUAAGGAUUGGCUUUGAACGCUCUCAGAUUGAGCUUAAAUCAGAACAAAAAGCAGGAUCCAAUUAUUUGGUUAAGAAGCAACCAAAGAAGCCACUGGCACAUGCCUCACAAGAACCUGUUGGCUCUGAUUUCUCCUCAGGGGCAACUCUCGCUACUAUUGCAGAUGUACAGCCAACUUCCCAUCUGAUGCAAGGUGGUAGAUGUGAGAGGUCUGGCAAUAUUGAUGGUAUUUUGGAGGCAAAUGCUUUCUGGAUUGAUGCAAAUCAAGAGAAAGCUGAAGAUGUUUUGUCAGGGAAAGGUCUUCUCUCUAAGUGGGGAAGGAAGUCCUUUGUGCUUGACGAAAGUCGUCGUGCAUCUUAUAAUAUGUCCAAUCAACCAAUUGUUAGAUCAGAUUCAAUAUUUAUGACCUUUGAGAGUAAAAUGAAGCAUCUGGUUACUGUUGGACUUCAUGCAGAAUAUUCCUAUGCUAGUAGUUUGGCUCGUUUUGGUGCAUCUCUAGGACCUAUUGCUUGGAAAAUUGCUUCGCACAGGAUUCAACAGGCACUGCCUGCUGGAUGUAAAUUUGGUCGUGGUUGGGUUGGAGAGUAUGAACCACUUCCAACCCCAAUAUUAAAGGUUAAUAAUUGUGCCCAAAAAGAAACUAGUUUGGUUAUGAAGUUUCCUUCCUCUACUGAAUUACCAAACAGUAACCAAAAUUGUAAGAAUGUGAAAUCCAGCAUCGAGCAUCCUUUAAAUGGACAGAUGCUUGAGGGAAAACAUCCUUCAAUGCCUGAUUUCAAAGGAAAACCUUUCUUUGGUUCUGCUGGAGUAAAACUCAGUGCUCCUGUCAACAUCCUUAAUCAGGAGCAGAAUGCCCAAUCCAGGAAAUCAGGCAAGUCUGAGAAAAAGGGUUUGAAGCAAGUGGAGUUGAAUUCUUUAACCUCAAGUAAUCAAAAUAAUAAUGGUCUGGUUGCAAAGUUUACAAGUAAUGCUCCUGCAGUAGAGUCCAAGCCCAGAGAGAUGGUGCCAAGGAACAUGUUCAAACAGCCAGAUACUAAUGGAAUUGUUAGUGGAGAGUUGCCUAAUGGAAAAGUCACAAAUACAAGCUUGAAUAUACAGGUGACUGGUUCAUCACCUGAAAGUACAUCACAUCAAUCAAGCAGAGCUGCUCCUGCUGUUGUCCAUGGGCAGGAGCAGGGCCUUAGCGACCCAGUUCAGUUGAUGAGAAUGUUCGCAGAAAGGGCUCAAAAGCAACACACUUCUUCCAAUCAUUUGCUUGUUGAUACUCCACCAGUGACACUAUCAGGUCCAUCUGGACAGAGAAAUGAAUUGGGAAAUGCUUCAGCAGCAGCUGCCCAUGCAUGGAUGUCUGUUGGGGCAGGAGGGUUUAAACAAGGACCCAACAAUUCUAGUUCACCCAAAAAUCAGAUAUCUGCAGAUUCUUUGUACAACUCAACAAGAGAGUUGCAUCAGCAUAUUUCAAGAAUUCGGGGGGAGUUUCCCUCUGGUGGAAUGCCUUUCCAACCAUUUCAAGCAGUUGCUCCUCAACCUAUUCACACAGGCGCUGUUUCUCAGUUUCCCAACCGGCCUAUGGUUUUCCCUCAGUUAGCAUCUGCUGACCAAUCUAGAUUUCAAAUGCAGUCCCCUUGGCGAGGUCUUAGUCCUCAUAGCCAGCCAAGGCAGAAACAGGAAACCCUUCCACCUGACUUGAAUAUUGAUUUUGAAUCACCAGGGUCCCCUGUAAAACAAUCUUCUGGUGUCCUUGUUGACUCUCAGCAACCAGACCUAGCUUUGCAACUAUGAUGAGGCAUUGCUGUCAUGGUAUGGAUGUUUCCACUUGAUUUGGACUGGUCAUGGAAUUUGCAGUUCCUGUAAAUGAAUGUUGAAUUUUGAUCCUUGAAGGCUUGCAUAAUAAAUGUGAAAAUGCCUUAGUCUACCCGGAUUGGAAUUUAGCACAAGGUAGUCCUGAGUUGAAAUGACAGUACUGGAGACUUCGGUGGAUUUAACAGAAAUAACUUCACGACUUACCAUAAUUUCCAGAUGAGGAUUACCGAAUCCAUGAACCAUGUCUCUUUUAACAUAGGGUUGAAGUUGUAGAAAAAGUCCGCAAGUUGAUUGAUUAUAUUGGUAGCAGGCAAAUUGCAAAAUGUAUUGUUGAUGCCUUGUAUGUAUAUUGUUUACAAAUUGAUUAAAUUUGGUUGCCUAGAUAUUUCGUUCCAUUGAUGACUAAUGUAUCUGAAUUGGUGGUAGGGCAUCACUUCUUAAUUAUGCUAUUAUUUUGUACAUGGGAUUUACAUGUUACUAAUGGAAAGCGAUUGCUUGCGUCUUUUUCUUUAUUUAA